AUGAGGGGAGCGGGAGGAAGAAGGGGUGGAGACAGGAAGAAGUCGGUGUUGAAGAAAAUCAAGGCAGGGCUCCAAUUCCCCGUUGGUUGGAUCGCUCGGUACUUGAAGAAGGGUCGCUACGCCCAGAGAACGGGCACAGGGGCUCCGAUCUACCUCGCUGCAGUGCUGGAAUUGGCAGGGAACGCAGCACGUGAUAACAAGAAAAACAGGAUAAAUCCAAGACACGUGCUUUUGGCUGUGAGAAACGACAAGGAACUCGGGAAACUGCUUCAAGGCGUCACCAUUGCCAACGGCGAAGUUCUGCCAAACAUCAACCUAGUAUUACUACCAAAGAAAACCGCUACUUCCGAAUCCGAGAAGGUCUCCAAGUCGCCCAAGAAAGCCUAA